GGGCUGAGCCCAUUGAAGCCCACUCCACCUGAAGAAAGUCCUGAUAAGACAGACAGACAGCGCAAGCAAGCAAGCAAGCAAGCAAAUUUCCUAAGAAGAAUCAUCGUAUCCUCCUCCCUCACCAGUCGCAUAGCAGAUGGAGUCGGGGCCGCAAGAACCCAAAUCAUGGGAUGAAUUAUACAGCAUAGAUUUAAUGCCUUCAGAAUUGUUUCUCAAGUUCAGGGAAGAAGUUCAAGGCUUUCGAGUUGGUCUCAAUUUAGAGUUUUACAAUUCCCCAAUCAACGAGUGUCAGGGAAAGCUGGUUUUGAAGCCUUUAUCGGAUGACCGAAGAUGGAAAUUCAUAUACGAGCCUUUACAUCACGACGUGCGCCUUGUUUCCAAGAAGAUCCCAAUAACCAAAUUCCUAAACCUUCAGGUAGGGAUAGGUCAUAAUAUUCAAUCCCAUGCAAUUGGUUGGAAAUGGAAGCUUACAAGUAGUUUAGGUGGAGACGGUAUAUCUAGAAUCCGCAACAAAACUUGUGUUGGUUUGUGCCCUGGUGUAGAUCUUCGUUUCGGAUGGAGGGCUGACUAUGUUCUUCCUGAAUUUACAGGGGCUGUGGGGACUGGUGAUGAUGCAUUGUUUAACAUGAACUCUGGUCGAUUAGAAGCAUCACUUGACAGAAUCGAGACCAUUUUAACCCAUACUGCUACUAGCAAUCCCUCCCCAAAGCUGGAUGAUAAUGUAUCUUCCUCCCUAAAGCUGGAUAAUGAAAAUGAAUUGAAUUCUUCACAGGACAUAACUAUUACCACUGCUGCUCAAAUUCAAACCCAUCUUCAAUUGCAACAAAUACCAGACAUCUGUUAUUUAAAUGGGGGUCUAAGCUUGGCCAGGAAUAAGUCAAAGCACCUAUUUUUACAGCACACGGUUACAUCCCGCAAACUUGUGUAUGUCGCCAGGGUUCUGCUAGAAACAUGUUACGUUUUGCCAUUACACCAAGAUUUUUGUUUGGCAGGUGCAUAACAAGAAUAACAUAGCUGCACAGGAAGUGUGCCAAAAGGGCUUAAUGCUUUCGUGCCACACAUCAGGCUCAAUUCGCAUAUUCUCAAUGAAUUCAUAUUUAGCUUCCAACAAUUUACCAUCCCGACAAAGAAGAUCAACCAUAGAAGUACAAUGCUCCGUAUCAGGAGUCAUGCGACAUGCUUUUGAAAUGCUUUCUCCCUUGUUCUAAAUGUCUGCAAGCUGUCAAAACAGCAAUAAUGUAAGACUGUUUGGUGUCUAGUUCCUUCAUCUAUCAUCUUUGAAAACAGCUAAAUGGCUUCUUUCCCAUAUCAAUAAGCGCAUUUGUACUA